AUGGCCGCCUCAAUGAUCAAGCAGGGCAAAGGACUGGAACAAAAUAUUAGCCUCACCCGAGCCUCUUCUUUCAACACUGACUUGGUUCAUCUACAGGAUUAUGAUUCUUCUAAUAAUUCAAUCUCUUCUGCCACCAACUUUAGCCAAUGGGAAACAGAGGAUGCUGCCGGGGCUGCCGAAGUUGGAGCUGUUUCUUUGAACACUGAUGAGUUGGUUGAUCAAAACGAUUAUGAUUCUCCUGGUUCAGUCUCUUCUUGUACCUCAGCUUUUAGCCAAUGGGAAAUACGGGAUCCCCCUAUUGGCGGCGGUGAAUUCGCAUCUGUUCAUGUUGCCUGUAACAGAGAAACUGGACACUUAAGUGCAGUAAAGAAACUAAAAGACCCUGACAAUCCUGACAACAUUAAGGAAAUCGAAAUUCUCAGCCAACUGGAACAUCCGAAUAUUAUAAAGUAUUAUGGCAGUGAAAGAGUUGGAAACCAGAUAUGGCUACUCAUGGAAUAUGUUGAAACUGGGACACUGACGAGAUACAUCAGUGAACGCGGAGCUUUCCACGAACGUUUAGUUAAAGAUAUCACUUUCCAAAUUCUCUCUGCGUUGGCUUACUUACACAGCAAAAGAAUAGUCCACAGGGAUAUCAAGGCGGAUAACAUUCUCGUUGAUUCUUAUGGCUUUGUAAAGCUUAUUGACUUUGGUUUGGCUAAACAUGGGCAUGAAUCUAUGGGCAGUGACUCCUUGUGGGGAACUUCACAUUAUGCAGCUCCAGAGACUCUUCAAAAUCAAGAAUAUAGCAGCUCGGGUGAAGCCUAUAGCGCUGAUAUAUGCAGUUUGGGUUGUGUAAUCAUUGAAAUGUUCACAGGGAAGCGCCCUUGGCUUGAUCUUGAUUGGCGGCAGGUCAACCGUGAAGUGUGUUGGAACAAGCCAGAUCCUGAAAUACCAAUGGAUUUGUCGACUGAGGGUCAAGAGUUUGUCCAAUUGUGCUUCGAAAGAAAUCCAGCCAAGCGGCUAUCAGCUUCAGAAUUACUACAACAUCCAUUCUUGUCUUCAUGAAAGCACAGA